AUGCACCGCAAACGAGGAAAUGGAUCCACGCCUUCCAUACCACCAGAGACCAAAGCCGGCCCUCGUCGACGAGGUGAAUAUCGACGAAUCGCGUCCGGAAAGGUGCGUUGGCAUCGGUGGCGACCUCGACGAAAAGAUAAAAGAGCAACUGGUCACAUUGCUCAAACAGAACGUGCACCUUUUCGCAUGGUCAAUGGCAGAUAUGAAAGGGAUCGACCCGGCAAUCACAUCCCACGAGCUAAACGUGGACUCUACUACAAACCCAUGAGACAGAAAAGACGCAAGCUCGGCGCCGAUAAAGCUCAAGCAGUCAAUGAAGAAGUGGAAAAGCUACUUAGAGCCGGAUCGAUCACUGAAGUAAAAUACCCCGAAUGGCUAGCAAAUCCAGUCGUCGUCAAAAAGAAGAAACGGAAAGUGGAGAGUCUGCGUCGAUUUCACAGACCUGAAUAA